UGGCGGUUGCCGCCGCUCGGCACGUCUCGCGUGGCUGGCCGGGAGCUGGCCGGGAACUCGCCGCCUCGCUUCGCCUCGCCUCGCCUCGCCCCCUGCUUUCUGCCUUUUUCUUUAAACCGCUUUCCCUCUUCCGGGCUGGGCGGCGGUGAGUGCUGCGCCGACAGCCCACUGAGCGCGGCGAGGCGGGGCGAAGCCUCCCGCCGCCAGCGCCGCCGCCGCCGCCUCUCCCGCCCUCGCCUCGGCUCCAGCCCGCUCCUCGCCGUGCUGCCCGCACACACCCACCUGCCCGGCUCCGCAUCCCGCCGCCUCCGCCGCCUCGUCUCCCAGCAUGGUCAUCAAGGUCUACAUCGCCUCCUCCUCCGGCUCCACGGCGAUUAAGAAGCAGCAACAAGACGUGUUAGGCUUCUUGGAAGCCAACAAAAUUGAAUUUGAGGAGAAGGACAUCGCUGCCAACGAGGAGAACCGGAAAUGGAUGCGGGAGAACGUGCCCGAGGACAGCCGGCCGGCCAGCGGCAACCCGCUGCCCCCGCGGCUCUUCAACGACAGCCGCUACCUCGGGGACUAUGAGGCGUUCUUUGAAGCACGAGAGAACAACGCAGUAUAUGCCUUUCUAGGCUUGACUGCACCACCCGGUUCCAAGGAAGCCGAAGCACUGGCGAAGCAGCAAGCGUGAACCCCAACUGCCUUAACUGUUCUGUAAAGGGAAUCUCCACAGCUUUUUAUAAGAUAGUACAAUUGUCUCUUGCUUCAAGAAACAUAGAUGUGAUUUCUAACGUUUGAUUGGUGCUUGCAGCAUUCACCCUGUCACAAAUCGGGCCACAAAAUGUGAACGUCCAGGUAGAGAGCACGGAGUGCAUCGUUACAGAGCUGGAAGCAAUUAGACACCAAUGAUUCUUCAGGUAGUUGCAAUCUGUCCAUUUUGGGUAAGCUACCAAGAAACUGGUUUAGUGCUAAUAACACAGAUGGGUUUGUACCUUGAGAUCCAGCUAUUUCAAAUGAAAGAAAACAAGCAACAGCAUCUAAAAGCUAAACUUCAGUGCCUGAGCUGCCUCAAAGCUGUUCCUGAGCUCCACAGUAAUCCCAGUCUUUCCUGGUGUCAGCAGGGUGGGGUGGGGUAGUGUAGCUGUUGUAGUCACUGCUGACAGUUGUGUGUGUUCUUGUGUAGAAUGGUUGUUGAAGGCUGUACAGAUGACACAAACCCAGCAGUGCCCUGUAUUUCUCAGCCCACUGAGCCAUCUGGCUUCUUCUGACAAAGCAAAACAACAGGGAUUUGGGGGGUGGAGAACCUUUCCAUUGGCAAGUUCAGCACCCCAGCCUGCGUGCCAGGUUCAGUGCACCUCUGUGGCUCGGGUGCUGCUUCCCAGGCAAUGUACAAAGAAGCCAAAAGGGGCAGGACUGGCAUUUCCUUACCUGUGCAAGGGUGCAAGCCUUUAAUGUAUUUCUCUACAGAAACUCCCAGUUCACACUGCUUAGAGUAUUAGGCAUCUUCCUGCAUGUUCACACAGCCCUUAGGCUCAGAGAGUAUUUUUUCAAGCAGAGAGAGAAAUGUUGGGUUAGCAAAAGCUACUGCCAUUAAGCAGGACUUCUUCUUGUUGGGGUUGUUUUUGUUAAGGUUAAAAGACUUCUUUCCACUGUGCUUGCCAUACCAUGAAGCUCUUACAGGAACUGCCAAUCCUUUCAAGUGAAUUGUAUUGGUGAACUUACCACGUGCAAUAUGAGCCCAUCUGUCCUCCCAGUGCUCACAGAACCAUAGAAUGCUUUAGGUUGGGAGGGGCCUUUAAUGGUCAUCUAGUCCAACCCCCCUGCAGUGAGCAGAGACCUCUUCAACUAGAGCAGGUUGCUCAGAGCCUUACCCAACCUGACCUGCAGUGUUUCCAUGGAUCCAUAUUUCCAUCUGCCUCCUCUCUGGGCAGCCUGGGCCAGUGUCUCACCACUCUCAGUGUAUACAACAUUCUUACAUACAGUCCAAAUCUCCCUCUUUUAGUAGUUUCAAACCCAUCACCCUUUGUCCUGUCACAACAGGCCCUGCUAAAAUGUCUGUCCCCAGCUUUCUUACAGGCCCCUUUAAGUUCUGAAAGGCCCUGAGAGGGUCACCCUGGAGCCUUCUCUUCUCCAGGCUGCAUGAGCCAAACUCAGCCUGUCCUCACAGGCUCAGGGGUUCCCACAGCACAGGGGUUCCAGCCCUCAGAUCAUUGUUGUGGCCUCCUCUGGCCCUGCCCCAGCAGCUCCUUCUCUCUGCUGUGCUGAGGACUCCAGAGCUGGCCUCAGCACUGCAGGUGAGGUCUCAGCAGUGCCAGGGGCCAGAAUCCCCUCCCUUGACCUGCUGCCCACACUGCUGAGGAUGCAGCCCAGGAGACUGUUGGCUUCUGGGCUGUAAGUGCACAUUGCCAGCUCAUGGCCAGCUUUUCACUCACCAGCACCCCCAAGUCCACCUCCACAGGUCUGCUCUCCAGCCCUUUGUGCCCCAGCCUGAGUUGAUACCAGAGGUUGCCUUCACCCAGGUGCAGGACCAUGCCCUUAGCUUUAUUGAACCUUGUGAGGCUGACACAAACCCGCUCCUCAAGUCUGUCCAGGUCCCUUUGGAUGGCAUUCCAUGCCUCUGGUGUGUCACCUGAACCACUCAGCUUGGUGUCACUUGCACAUUCUCUGCAGGUGCUCCAGGAUGGAGACUGCAAUUGAAGACGAUGAGGUAGUCUCUAUUUUUUGGCCAUAUUCUGCAAAAGCACAGAUCAUUCCAAGUGCCCUGAAGCAUAAAAAUCAGUUUUAUAACUGUGGGGGUAAUUGAAAAUGCAUUUGGUACCACAUGAUGUACCUGUUCCUAACAGCAGCAUUAGGCCUUGCUGGAGUCAGAGGAUCCUUCUCACAGAUCUCCACACACAUCCUGAUUCUUGUUGCUUUCUGAAGACAGAAGCAGGUGGCACAGAGCAGUAAAGGGCUGUGGUGUGUCAUCACAGAAUCAGUCAGGGUUGGAAGGGACCACAAGGAGCAGCCAGUUCCAACCCCCCUGCCAUGCCCAGGGACACCCUACCCUAGAGCAGGCUGCACACAGCCUCAGCCAGCCUGGCCUCAAACACCUCCAGCCAUGGGGCCUCAACCACCUCCCUGGGCAACCCAUUCCAGCCUCUCACCACUCUCCUGCUCAACAACUUCCUCCUCACCUCCAGGCUGACUCUCCCCACCUCCAGCUUUGCUCCAUUCCCCCCAGUCCUGUCACUCCCUGACAGCCUAAAAAGUCCUUCCCCAGCUUUUUUGUAGGCCUCCUUCAGAUACACCACCAAAACUCUCCUCCUGGACAGGUCAGGAUGGAAGCUCCACAGAUGGCUGAGCAAGCAGGACCUCAUGAGCAGCCAAGUUAGUCAAGCUUGCAUUUAAUCCAUGUGUGAUCUUUCUUGAUUUGGGAGCCUGGGAGGCAGUUUGAAGCUUGUGCUUACAAAAGCAAGCCUGGUAUCAAGAAGGCUGGGUUAAUGUUGCCUUACCUUCAGGACUGAUAAGCCCCAGUUGGGCUUUCUCACUAACAGGCUUUAUCAAUACUUACUGAAAAUCUGUGACAUUUAUUUUUAGCAUCCUUUAGAGACAGAACUUAGGUUGUGUUUUAAAUCUCCUGUCUGAGUUUUGUUGUUUGUGAUUUCAUCCUUCUCAACCAAGGUGAUUUUUCUUCCUCCACACUGGCAUCAGCUUCCUCUUGUGUCUGAACUGUGAGAAUGCUGUGAAGAAAGUGGGGUUUGACACUCAGGUCAGCACAGUGCUGCCAGUUUGCUGCAGAGUGUUGGUCUGGUAAACGACAGUCAUUAUCUUGCAGAAGCUGUCAUUGAAGGUCACUGCCAAAUUCUGGUCGUUCAGCGACCCAAAACAUUCUGAAACAAGGCCAACCUGUGGCUGCUGAGAAAACUGCCAAGUGGAAGAGAGGAAAGUCACUUCCCUUCUCUGCUCCCCACCCCCCAACCUUUGCCAUAUGGCAGCAUUCAAACCCUAUCAGCAUUCCUCCUAAAGCUCUGUUGAGGCAGACUGAAUCACUUCUUUGUCUGGGGAACAAGGCACCAACACAACCUGAAAAGUACCAAAACUAUGCCUGUGUUGUGGCACUGGUGUCAAACCUGCCUUCAGUUCGAUGCAGAUAUGGGCAUGGAUUUAGAGUGCUGGGAAUCUGUUGCCUAGGUGCUGGUUUUCUGUUUCGAUACCUGUGCCAGGUUAGGGAUGGGCACAAGAACUCAGUUUGUUCUUUCUCCUCUGUAGAAGGCAGGCAUUGACCAUUUAACCUGUAUAUUAACCAUUCCUCUAUCAUUCCAAUAAAAUUGUUUUAGAAGGCUUUCUCA